AUGGGACCCCAAGACAUGACCUACGCCGUUAUUCUUCAGGUUCUCGAUCCAAAAUCGUUGCGUUGCCGACUGCUCCAUGGCCAAUGUCCAUCCCAGAUCGAAUAUGGGGUGCAGUGGCCCACGACUUCCAAAGGAGCAACGGCUCGUCAAUCCUGUCCGGGCACACAAACGGGCUUGGCGACUCGGACGUGCGAUGGCAUGGGGCGAUGGCUCGGAGUAAAUACCUUCAACUGUACCCGGCCAGAGUACGGUAUUAUGGUGUCCAAGUACGACGUUCUGACCUCUGGCGAACUACUAGUGAUGCUUUACAAUGCGACCCGGGGAUCCGAACCGAUAGAUGGUCGCAAUCUCGACAUCGCCCGAACCGCUCUGCAUAGGAUUCUGGAUACAGAGCUGAGGCUUGAUCAAUUCGAACGAAACCAUCUGAAGGACUUGUGGUUCACGGAGUCGCUAGCACUUGCUGCUGGGAAGCUGGCUGCUCACGAAUCUCCCGAAGGUUAUCUGGCCACCGUCAAAAAGCUCACGGAUUACGGAGAGGCCGUAUUCAACGUCCAUCAGCAGAUGCCUUAUCUACAGCCGUUUCAAUUCUCUUCAGACCAUAUAGUGUUCUCCAUGGACGUACUCGAUUUCUCAAACACUCUACCUAAGUACAACAACUUCAUCGAUCACCGCCCGGAAGGCUUUCCUAUGGUUUUCAUUCACGUGAAGAAUGCUACUCGGGUAUUCUACAGUAUACUAGCCCAUCCACGCUGUACCCACUGCGAAACACCUUUGGUGACUGUGUACGCGAACAGUAGCGAACCAAUCCGAGUGGAAUUUGAACUGGAUGAGCGGACUGGUUGGCGAUAUCCAGAAUGCGUCCACCUGGACGCUCAACACACUUCAUGGUCGACCCACCACGCUCAGUUGGUCGCACUAAACCUGACGCAUGCAGUCUGUGAAUUCGAAUCAAGUGGAGUGUUUACGGUGUUUGCCAAAAGCGAAACGGGCACCUUUAUGAGAAUUUCUCAUUCGGCGUCACUGGCCGCUCCAGUAAUGGCUGUAGCUGCUCUGCUGUUCUGCUUGAUAGCCAUGGUAUUGACCCUUUCAAGGAGGAGUACGACUGCUCGACUUGUUCGUGUCGGAUUCAUCAUAACCUUUGUAUUAAACGCCACUAACCUGUACUUUUUGAAUAGAGCCGCUGUAAAUCAGACGUUCUGCCCAGUCCGAAACGCUGUCCUUUCCUUCUGUUCAUGCGCUCCAUUUGCAUGGCUCUUUCUUUACUCACUUCACCUCUACCGUAUGCUGUCAGAAGGAUCGACCAAGUCCAGCAGUUUGUCGCUUUGUCUUCUUCUGGGCGUCGUCCUACCUGGUCUAGUGUCCUGUGGUACUUUCGUUGUUGCUACUCAAUGCUCAAUCGAUCCAGAGUACUGGUUAUUCUGGAUGAUCUUCCUGCCGAUUGGGUUGAUGCUUCUGCUCUCUUUCUAUGCCUCAGCGACUGCUCUAUUGGUCUCGCUAAACAAGCAGUUCGACGUCGUAGUCGUGAAGUUCCAUCUAAGACGAGCUCUCGGCCAGCUUUUCAUUCUCGUAGUGCUCGCUGACACUGCUGCAUACCGUGAUGGGUGUUAUUUGGCCACUUUUCCACAUAUCUUAUCCUUUGAAGAUCGAGAUCGGACCGAUAGUCGUGAAAAGGAGAACCCCGUUGCAAAUGCCAUUCUUUCACCGGCCGACAAGAUUCUCAGCGAUGGUCUUGGCCAUGUUUAUGGUGAGGAUUUAUGGCGCUUACUCAUUGCUUUCAGCGUAUUGUAA